GCUUAAUUUUUUAACUUUGCAGUGGAAAUAAUCUCUGGAAUUAAAGCCUUUGGACCUUAACUGAGUGGAUACAUGUGCUGCUUGAAUAAUUAUGCUUCACCUUGGGCUGGAGGACCUGAUUGGAUACAAGAGGAGAAUCAGUUUUAGCAGUGUGUGAAGCUUGCUAUCACUUACCUUAGAAUAUUCAAAAUAGACACCAGGGGCCAGUUCUCUCCUCAGGUUAGCUCAAGAUGGCAGACCAGAGGCAACGCUCGCUCUCUACCUCUGGGGAGUCCUUGUACCACGUGCUGGGGCUGGACAAAAAUGCCACUUCAGAUGAUAUCAAAAAGUCUUACAGGAAACUGGCAUUGAAAUAUCAUCCUGAUAAAAACCCUGAUAAUCCAGAGGCAGCAGAAAAAUUUAAAGAGAUCAAUAAUGCCCACGCAAUAUUGACGGAUGCCACAAAGCGGAACAUUUACGAUAAGUAUGGGUCUCUGGGGCUCUAUGUAGCCGAGCAGUUUGGUGAAGAAAAUGUGAACACAUACUUCGUGCUGUCCAGCUGGUGGGCAAAGGCCUUGUUUGUGUUCUGUGGGCUCAUCACAGGCUGCUACUGCUGCUGCUGUCUGUGCUGCUGCUGUAAUUGUUGCUGUGGGAAGUGUAAACCGAAACCUCCCGAAGGCGAGGAGCAGGAAUUCUACGUCUCUCCAGAGGACUUGGAGGCACAGUUGCAGUCAGAUGAAAGGGAGGCCUCAGACGCACCUAUUGUGAUACAGCCAGCAUCAGCCACAGAGACAACCCAGCUCACAGCUGACUCUCACCCCAGCUACCACACUGAUGGAUUUAAUUAAGUUAAGGAAACACUGAUAUUAGAAUGGAUAAAAAAAAAAAUACAUGGCCAACUCAACACUAGAAUCAUGAACAUUAGAAGUAGAGAAUGGGGAGGGGGAAUAAUUCUGCCACAGUAAGAGGGCAGCUUUCCAACCUGCCGAAAAUAUUUUGUAAUCCCUUCAGCCUUUUGUCACCUUUCAGUGUCGUAUCUCGACGAUACGUGAAGUGCUGUAGCAUGCAGUAUUUAAAGCAGUUUA